GCUUACAGUUAGCGCUGGCUUUGCUGGCUAUUUGAUAAACAGUGCCUCUGCGUGGACAAAACUACCCAUUACUUUCAAAAUGAAGUAAAUAGUAUUGGGAGAUUCUGGAACUGCAACAAUGAACGACUGCCAGCGGAUAUAAAACAGUGUGCAAUUAUAAGUAUUUCGGGUAUAGCCACAUUACAUGCGUCUUGUGUUGACGUUAGCUGCAAAUAACGAGAUGCUAACAGUGAUAGCAAUCUGUUAGCUAGCUGACAGUCGCACCAUGGACUGACUGCAGAGAGAGAGGACAACAGAUCAGUUCAUGCUAGCUUUGACCGUAAGGUUCACUCUAUUAUCUGUGGCAAAAACGAGGUCCUCUGUAGCAGCCAUGACAUCCUCUGAACCCACGGGGACCCGGGAUGCAAUGGCCGAGAGCCCGGAGAAGAUGCUCCAGAAGCUGCUUGCGGUACCCGGACACGAGCCGAGCCUAGUGAACGACCUGCUGCUGCUCCGGCCUGAAGCCGACAGCCGGACUUACCCGGGGGAGAGGACGGGCAACAGACAUGUGAUGUUUUUUCACGGGGAUAUCCAAAACUUCGAGGAGGAGAUGUCCCUGCAGCCUGACGGGGCCCCGUGGCUCUCCUGGAGUCUAGAGCAGGUGGCCCUCACUCUGGGCCACCGUUUCCCUGACCGACAUGUCUGGGUGGUGCGAGCCUCACGCAUGCACCUCCACAAGUUCAGCUGCUACGUGAACUUUGUGGACAGCAACAUGUUCGGGGCCCCGGAGCAUGCGCCGUACUCUGCUGACUGUGGAGCCUUCCGCCACCUCAGGGCCCUGCUGAGUCACGGCAUGCAGCGAGCCAACCUGCCAGACCCGGUGCAGCCACAGGGGGGGGAUGACAGCAUCCCCUCGGGGUUCUCCCUCACACUGGUGGGAUUCAGCAAAGGCUGUGUGGUGCUCAACCAGAUUGUGUACGAGCUGGCGGGGGCCCGUGCUGACCCCGAUAUGUGCCACUUUGUGAGGAGCAUUUCUGACUUGUACUGGCUGGACGGGGGGCACCCAGGGGGCAGUGAGACCUGGGUGACCAACAAGCGGGUGCUGAAGGAGCUGGCCUCCAGCGGGGUGUCCAUCCACGCCCACGUUACCCCCUACGAGGUGUGCGACCCCAUGCGGGCCUGGGUGGGCCGCGAGCACGCGCUCUUUAUCAAAACCCUGGAAGAUUUGGGGGCCUGUCCCAGCAAGAAGCUGCACUUUGAGGGCGAGCCCCCCUCAAUCCAGAGCCACUUCAGGGUCAUCCAGGAGUUCUGAGUUUGCUUUAGAGGGUCUUACUGCUGCUCAUCCUCGUCUCUCCAUCAAUAAGGGCUGACACGUGCUGCUGCUGUCCUGCCCUCUGCUGAAUGCACUGACCAGGAGCCCCCCCUGGCAAUAUGCAGGUAUGAAAAUGAUCCUCCUUCUUCAGGCUGCCUAACUGUUUUGACAUUUGAUUUGAGCCCGUGCUUUAGGCUGAGUCUGGUUCUGACAGGAAGGAUUCUUGUUAUUCAUGAGGAACUCCCUCAGUUGACGUGUAACAUUGUAGAGAUGCUUCACUUCAAAUGUUUUGCCUUGGUCAGCUAGUUUGAGAAUGUUCUGUUGUUUGUCCUGUAGUGUGAUGCAUAGUGUAUUGUUCACCUGUAAUGAUAUGUUCUUGUUUAAAUAUCACACAGCCGCAUUCCAGUUCGUUUGUGUUCUGGAGGGUUCUCUCACAUCUCAUGAUGCUUCAGCAAAUAAAAGCUUUAAAGUCCGUCUGCUUUCCUCGACUUGGACAGGGAACUCCAUGAAGCAGCAUUCUUAGGGUCUUUCAUUUGUGUUACACGCCGGCUCAUUUAAUGACAAACCUUUUGAUUUUAGGUUCUAUAUUUUAAGUCUCUUUGAUAGAUCUUAUCCUCACAAAUCAAACUAUCUUUGAUGUCUCAACAAACUGGUAUUAUAACCAAAGGCUUAUAAUUCAAUGAAAUGGGUUUGAAUGUAUUCAUUUAAACAUCAUUACUUUCAUGGUGGCAGGAUGCCAUACAUUAAUUAACUUUUUGUCUAUUGCAAUAUGUUAAACACACAUAUGUGCUAGUUCUGUUUACGUGUGUAUGAUUUGUGUACAAUCUGUAUGACCUCUGUCAGCUGCUCUGCACUACGCUGAAUGUAACUUCAGAUCAUUCCAUUGUGUUUACUACUUACUCUGUGCUAAGCUGGAUAAAAUGCAUACAAGGAGGUCCGAUUAUCUUUUAAGUCGUCGAGCAUGUGCACAACCAAAACCACUUGUUAUUAAUCCUCUGCUUGCUGAUUGGUUCACACCGUCCUCAUGAUAUUGUGUCCUGGUAGAUAAUGAUCAGCACUGUCUGCUGAACACCUCAGAUGGCUUCAUAGAGGAGCCGUCCAGCAGGGGGCAGCAGUGUGGUGCAAGUAUGAUCGACUGGAGAUAACAAACACACAUCAGAUUAUUUUCUACAACCUUUAAUGAGCGUUUCAGUUUGCUUUGUGAUGCCUACAUAUUAGCCUGCAGUUGAUCAGAAUAGAAUACAAUAAAGAUUAUGUCAUUUUUUUUGUCAUUUCAGAUGCAAUCAGAAUGCUCAUACAUAAAAAAACAAAUAUAAAAUGCAAAAUAAACAAACAUCUGGAACA